CCCCCGCGGGCUGUAAGAGCGCCCAGACUUCCGGACUAGCUGGGGCGGGUGCCGUGUGAGCCCAGCUAGUCUCCCCCCACCCCGCCUGCCCUCCUUCCUCCCCUCCUCCUGCGCGCUGUGCCUGCCCAGCCUCUCCUAAGACGGACGCUUGGCACUAUGUCUCUGCGUAACCCUGUCCUGCAACCCCCCGGGGUGAAGGCCUAUCUGAGCCAAGGCGAGCGCUUCAUCAGAUGGGAUGAUGAAACAACCAUAGCCUCCCCGGUUAUCCUCCGUGUGGAUCCCAAGGGCUACUACUUGUACUGGACAUAUCAGAGUAAGGAGAUGGAGUUUCUGGAUAUCACCAGCAUCCGGGACACCCGCUUUGGGAAGUUUGCCAAGAUGCCCAAGAGCCAGAAGCUCCGGGAUGUCUUCAACAUGGACUUUCCUGACAACAACUUCCUGCUGAAGACGCUCACCGUGGUGUCUGGCCCCGACAUGGUGGACCUCACCUUCCAUAACUUCGUCUCCUACAAAGAGAACGUGGGCAAGGACUGGGCUGAAGAUGUCCUGGCUCUGGCCAAACACCCGCUGACGGCCAACGCCUCCCGCAGCACCUUCCUGGACAAGAGCCUGGUGAAGCUCAAGAUGCAGCUCAACCCUGAAGGGAAGAUUCCUGUGAAGAAUUUUUUCCAGAUGUUUCCUGCUGACCGCAAGCGGGUGGAAGCUGCCCUCAGCGCCUGCCACCUCCCAAAAGGCAAGAAUGAUGCCAUCAAUCCCGAGGACUUCCCAGAAUCCGUCUACAAGAGUUUCCUCAUGAACCUUUGUCCUCGGCCAGAAAUAGAUGAGAUCUUCACUUCCUACCACGCCAAGGCCAAACCCUACAUGACUAAGGAGCACCUGGCCAAAUUCAUCAACCAGAAACAGCGCGACUCCAGGCUCAACUCCCUGCUGUUCCCACCUGUGCGGCCUGACCAGGUGCAGGGCCUCAUCGACAAGUACGAGCCCAGAGGCGUCAACGUGCAGAGGGGCCAGCUGUCCCCCGAGGGCAUGGUAUGGUUUCUCUGUGGGCCAGAGAACAGCGUGCUGGCCCAGGACAAGCUGCUGCUGCACCACGACAUGACGCAGCCGCUCAACCAUUACUUCAUCAACUCCUCCCACAACACCUACCUGACAGCCGGCCAGUUCUCAGGCCUUUCCUCUGCGGAGAUGUACCGCCAGGUGCUGCUGGCAGGCUGCCGCUGCGUGGAGCUGGACUGCUGGAAGGGGAAGCCCCCUGAUGAGGAGCCCAUUAUCACCCACGGCUUCACCAUGACCACAGACAUCUAUUUCAAGGAAGCAAUUGAAGCUAUUGCAGAAAGCGCCUUUAAGACCUCCCCUUAUCCGGUCAUCCUGUCGUUUGAAAACCACGUGGACUCACCCCGCCAACAGGCUAAGAUGGCCGAGUACUGCCGAACGAUAUUUGGGGAUAUGCUGCUCACAGAGCCACUGGAAAAGUUCCCACUGAAACCAGGCAUCCCCCUGCCCAGCCCUGAGGAUCUCCGAGGCAAGAUCCUCAUCAAGAACAAGAAGAAACAGUUUUCUGGUCCCGCAGGCCCCAGCCAGGAGCCGGGCGGGGAGGCUGAGGGGAGCGGCCCACCCAAUGUCCCUGUGGGUGAGGACACAGUGUGGGCUGGUGAGGAAGGGGCUGAGCUGGAGGAGGAGGAGGUGGAAGAGGAAGAGGAGGAGUCGGGAAGCCUGGAUGAAGAAGAGAUGAAGAAGAUGCAGUCAGAUGAGGGCACAGCGGGCCUGGAGGUGACGGCUUACAAGGAGAUGUCCAGCCUAGUCAAUUACGUCCAGCCCACUAAGUUCAUCUCCUUCGAGUCCUCUGCCCAGAAGAACCGAAGUUAUGUCAUUUCCUCCUUCACGGAGCUCAAGGCUUACGACCUGCUCUCCAAGUCCUCAGUGCAGUUUGUGGACUACAACAAGCGCCAGAUGAGCCGCAUCUACCCCAAGGGCACCCGCAUGGACUCCUCCAACUACAUGCCCCAGAUGUUCUGGAAUGCUGGUUGCCAGAUGGUUGCUCUCAACUUCCAGACGAUGGACCUGCCCAUGCAGCAGAACACGGCGCUCUUUGAGUUCAACGGGCAGAGUGGCUACCUCCUCAAGCAUGAGUUCAUGCGUCGGUUGGACAAGCAGUUCAACCCCUUCUCGGUGGACCGCAUCGACGUGGUGGUAGCCACGACCCUUUCCAUUACGGUGAUCUCUGGGCAGUUCCUGUCAGAACGCAGUGUGCGCACCUAUGUGGAAGUGGAGCUGUUUGGCCUUCCUGGGGACCCCAAGAGGCGCUAUCGCACCAAGCUGUCACCCAGUACCAAUUCCAUCAAUCCUGUCUGGAAGGAGGAGCCCUUUGUCUUUGAGAAGAUCUUGAUGCCUGAGCUGGCCUCCCUCAGGGUGGCUGUGAUGGAGGAUGGCAACAAGUUUCUUGGACACCGCAUCAUCCCCAUCAAUGCCCUGAAUUCUGGAUACCACCAUCUGUGCCUGCACAGUGAGAGCAACAUGCCACUCACCAUGCCUGCGCUCUUUGUCUUCCUGGAGAUGAAGGACUAUGUACCUGACACCUGGGCAGAUCUCACGGUGGCCCUCGCCAAUCCCAUCAAGUUCUUCAGUGCCCAUGAUAAGAAGUCUGUGAAGCUCAAGGAAGCCAUGGGAGGCCUGCCUGAGAAUCCCUUCUCUCUCGGGAGUCCAGUUGCCCGCCAGGUCAAUGGGGCAUCGGCUCCAACGAGCAACGGGUCAGCAGGUACGCACUGCGGGGUCCCCCCACCUACCGGAAGGGUCUCGACUUCUCCGUUGCACCGCAGCCGGGGCCAAGGCCAGGGAGGAGGCCACGAAAGAAGCUGCGGCCUGGAGGAGCUGCGGGAGCUGAAGGGCGUCGUGAAGCUGCAGCGGCGGCACGAGAAGGAGCUGCGGGAGCUGGAGCGGCGCGGCGCGCGGCGCUGGGAGGAGCUGCUGCAGAGGGGCGCGGCGCAGCGGGCCGAGUUCGGGCCGCCGGGCGCUGGGGGCGGCGGCGAGGGCCGGGGCCGCAAGCUCGGCCCGGGGAAAGGCUCCCGCAAAAAGAGGACCCCGCCGGGCGAGGACCCCGCCGGGGCGGCGCCGGCCGAAGGCCCCGAGGGCGCGGACGCGCGUCUGCGAGAGCUGAGGGACAGGCUGGAGCUGGAGCUGCUGCAGCAGGGCGAGGAGCAGUGCGAGUGUGUCCUGAGGCGCAGGGAGCAGCAAGUGGCCGAGCAAAUGACCAAGAUGAUGGAGCUGGCCAGAGAGAAACAGGCUGCAGAGCUGAAGACCCUCCAGGAGACUUUGGAGACUGACACCAAAGAGGUGAAGAAAAAGCUGGAGGCCAAGAGGCUGGAGCGGAUCCAGGCCAUGAUGAAGGUCACCACAGACAAGAUGGCUCAGGAGAGGUUGAAGAGAGAGAUUAACAACUCCCACAUCCAGGAGGUGGUGCAGGUCAUCAAGCAGAUGACGGACAACCUGGAGAGGCACCAGGAGAAGCUGGAAGAGAAGCAGGCAGUCUGCCUGGAACAGAUCCGGGAGAUGGAAAAGCAGUUCCAGCAGGAGGCGCUGGCAGAGUACGAGGCCAAGAUGAAGGGCCUGGAGGUGGAAGUAAAGGAGUCAGUGAGGACCUGCCUCAGGGCCUGCUUGCCCUCUGCGGAGGAGGACAAGCCUGAGAGGCCCUGCAGGGUCUCCAGGGGGCUGUGUGAGCAGGAUGCCCUCACAGAGAAGACAGACGCCCAGGAGAGCCUCCUCUGAUGCCCCCAUGCCCUUGGGACGUUCUGCAAGGACAUUCACCCUUCCCUGGGAUGUGGGUCCAUUCCCCCUGGAGGAAAGGGCCCCAGCACUGUGAAGCUGCGGGAAGCUGGAGCUCCCUUGGACGCUGGAGCCCCUUUCUCAACAGCCAGGCUAAGUAGGAGGCAGGAACCAGGCCAUCUGGGGCCCAUCUGGGGCCUGGAGGUCCUCUCCAAGCCAACAUCCUGCUCCUCCUGCUUCCCCUUCCCCUCUGAAUAAGUGUCUGUCACAUGUUUGUUGAGGGCAAAAGAAUAUGAACUUGGAGGCAGGAAAUGGGGUCCUGGCCCCACUCUGCAUUUCCUAGUUUGCCACUCUGGACUCAGUUUCCUCACCUGGAGGGUUAGGCCUGGCCACCUGGAACCUCCACUCCAUCACCUGUAGUUCAAGCAGGUCCAAACUCCAAACUCUCCUGCCAUAAGGCGGGCAGCUCACCCUGGCUUCUAGGCCCUAUCUCGGGCUUGCCCUGAGUUGGCCUCAUUGUCAGCUCCCUGAUACAGAGUCCAGCACUUCCUUCCAGCUCCCUGGGGACAGCUGCUCCCAGGAUCCCAGGCUAAGGUGCCUUCCCUGCCUCCUGCCCUUGGGGGAUGGGAGGCUGAUGUGGAAAAGCGGCCUCAGCUGUGUGGCCCUCAGGCCACUGAGACAACUGGGGCUGGGGGUGAAGGGAGAAGGACGGCCUUUUGUGCACUCUCCCACCCAGAGCCCAGCCACACCUUUUCCUAGGCCUGGGGGCUACUUCCCAGCAUGUGCCCCUGCUCAGGCUGUCUGACAAGGUCACCACCAUUUUCUCUCCUGACUUUAUGAGGUUUAUUUAUUUUUCUCUUUCUUACUCCUACUAAAGAACCCUGUCUCAAGA